AGGCCAUCCGGCUCGUCCUCAUCGCGAUAGUGCACAAAUAACAAAAUCCAUGGCGGCAGCGCCCGUCUUCUGCCAGCUACUCCUCAAUCGCCUUUAAAGGGUUUAACCAGAGGAAGAUGGCGGCCCCUACCUUAUUUCCCAAUGCCUCUCUCUCCACUCUUAGACCCUCGACACAAGGUCCGCAAAAGCCUUCCUCCUACUCCUUCUUCCUAAGCCGGCGCCUAAAACCCUGCUGCCCCCAACUGAAGCCGUCGUUCUGCCGCAGCAGCAUCGCCUUUAGUUGCAGGGCCUUCAACCAAGGAAAUGGAGUUCCAAAGCCUGAGAAAAUCCUCAGAACAGAACCACCGUCUACUACUGGCGCUACCACCAAGGAGAAGAGCCGUAUACCUCAUUGGUCGCUGAUGUCUGCAGAGUCGUUGGUUCAGAGGGCCUCCGGAUUGACGCCUCUGGAGGUGUGCAAAUGGGUGGGCUUCCUCUCUUUGGCCGUUGCCGCAGCGAAGAGCGUCCUGAGGCUCGCGACUGAUCCCUUUUUCUUGAUGUACUUCAGCUGGACCUGGCUGUUCUGGCCAUGGAUGGUCGCCUUUUCAUUGGGCGCCCUUGGCUUGUAUUUUGCUUACAAGCAUUCCGCCGGUAAAGCUUCCAUCUGGGAGCAGCUGGUGGUGGUCUCCUCCGCCUUUACCUGGCUCACCCUUGUGCCGCCUGCCGUUGCUAAUGGCUUUUUGGAAGGCUGGCCUGUAGCUUUUUUCUUCAUCUACCAUUACUUCUUCUUCUUCAAUGUCAGCGUGAGGAAGAGGCUCUAUGGGGAUUAUUACCUCAGGCCCCACGACGAGAAAUGGGAUGUGAGGCUCCCUCUCCCCUACAGAGUGGCGUUUGCUGCUGCCGUCCUGGUGAGUCAUUUUCUGGCUGCGUUUGAGGCGCCCCCUCUUCACCAGGUCCCUGGAGGAUGGCAGAACCUGCCCAUUUGGUUGCUGGUAAUGGUCGUUUUGCUUAUGCAGUACAAAAGUGUUCUUCAUCUGUCGAAUUAUUCGGAGAAGGUGGUUGUGCCGACUAGCGUGGUGCAGUUUGGCCCAUUUCGCUGGAUUCGCCACCCAAUUUAUGCUUCUACUAUGUUCCUGUUUGCGGUUUACUUUGCGGCGCUUCGGGCGCCUUUGAGUAUGUUGUUUAUCCUGUUUGUUGGAGUUCUCUAUUAUGGUCAGAAGGCUAAAUUGGAAGAGGAUUUGAUGUUGGAGAGUUUCGGAGAUAGUUAUGAAACAUACAGGAACAAGGUUAGAUACAAGUUCAUGCCUUAUGUAUAUUGAAUGUUUUGGUGGAGGACAGAAUCCGGCUUGUUCCCACCAUGUCAAGGUUAACUGAAUUUAUUAUUUUUCUUCUUUUGUAUUUGGUCCCAGAGAUUGUAUCGGUUUUUGGUCUCUUUUAAACGAACUCUGUUCACGGCCUGCAUAUUUGAAUCACCACAUUCUUAUUCCUUCUGUUA